GUAAUAAUGUUCCUAAACAUUUUCAUGUUUAUUUUUAAAUGUCUUCCUAAACCUUUUAUUCAUGAUACUUGUAGUCUACCAGGUGUCUGUUUUGCUCGGGCAACUUUUGAGUAAAUUUGAGUAGUUUGUUUGACCCGACACGGUAGCGGCCAAAUCAGGAAAGGCAACGUUGAGGGUCCGCGCAAGGUAAUAUACAAGAGGACGGCCGUAAGGUCAAGUCCACAUUGACAACGACAUUUUAGAAUUGACCAGGCCUGGUGACCAGUAUGAGGUAUAGCACCAGUCUAGCCUGAGGCGAAUCGGUUCCGCGGGAUCAAACGCUCCGUGCUUAUAUAUGUUUCAUGUUUCAUGUAUAUAAAUCUCUCCUGCGCUGUCACGCGUCCACCACGCAUGAAGCUAUCUAUGACAGGUUUGCACCCGACCAGAAGAGGUGUAUCGUGUUUCUCGUCUCUUUUGCGGGUCUGUUACCUAUGUUCGUCUCAGCGACAUUUGUGCCUUCCAUCCCUCAAAUAGCUAAAGAUCUUGACUCGACGCAUGCCGUUGUCAGUUUGACCGUCAGUCUAUCGAUCUUGGCGAGUGCCGUCGGAGCGUUAGUUUGGGCUGCUUACUCGUCUUUCUAUGGACGCCGAUGGAUGUAUUUGUGGGGCAUGCCGUUUUUGUGUAUCGGGAGUUGUGGUGUCGCGAUGGCAGCCUCGUUAAGGAGUUUGUUGUUCUGGAGAUUCGUACAGACGUUUGGAUGUUCUGGGGGAAUGCCAUUGGGCGCUGGUGUUAUCGGUGAUAUUUAUAAAUUGGAGGAGAGGGGGACUGCUAUCGGAGUAUUCUUUGGUGCCACACUUUUCGGGUUCGCUGUUGCUCCGUUACUUGGAGGUGCAUCAGCGCAGUAUUGGUCCUGGCGCAAUUUGCACUAUUCCCUUGCUGUGUGGGGCUUGCUCGAACUACUCCUCAUAUAUCUUUGGUUUCCCGAGACGAGCCAUCCUGGCACAAUGGGCAUUGACAAACUAAAGCGAAGGAAAUGGAUCCACAUCACAUGGGUCAAUCCUCUCAGUAGUCUUUGGCUGCUUCGGAGUCCGAACCUAUUUGCAGUCAUGCUUGCGUCGACUCUGGUGCUUAUCACUGACUACGUUCUUCUCGUGCCGCUGGCGUAUACUAUUGGCGUUCGGUAUGGUAUCGUGAACGAGGCCAUCAUAGGGGCGUGUUUCCUCCCAAACGGAUUGGGAAACUUCAUUGGAGCACCGGUUGCUGGCCGCCUAUCGGACAUUAUAGUCAGAAGAUGGCGGAAACACCGCAAAGGAGUGUGGUUUCCUGAAGAUCGCUUGAGAGCGACGUGGAUCGGAGGGCUGGUCAUGAUCCCGUUGUCUAUUGGGUCGUCGGGGUUGAUCACGACGUAUGUUGGGGGCUCGGUCGGUCUUUGUUUGAAUUUAUUAUGUCUUUUUACAAAUGGAGUGGGCGUCGAUUUCGUAUUCAAUCCAAUCGGUUCUUAUAAUGUGGAUGUGGCGCGCUCUCGAAGCGCAGAAACCACAGCCGCUAGCGCAGCGAUCCGGUCACUUAUUCUAUCUGCUGCGACUGCUGUUGUCAUUCCCUCGAUCGAGCAUAUAGGUGUUGCAUGGACAAACAUCAUCGCGGCUGUCCUUGCUGUCAUUGGACAAGGGUUAAUUUUCUUGACGAUCCAUUAUGGCGAUCGCAUGAGGGCCAGCGUAGAUGUUGGUUUCUCGACCACGGAGAACUCAUAGAAUGAUCUUACAGAAGCAACGGAUCAGAAUUAAGACUUAUGAAUAAUAUACUCGUCAAAUUGCCAAUAGACACAUCCAUCAUACCGGCUCUGGAGUGUCUGUCUUGAGCGAAGCUGAUGCACCAAGGCUAUGUAUGCUAAACUCCGGUGGCACAGUUCACCGGGAAGCUUA